GGGUUUCGCAGAAUCCACGGCAAAUGUGGAAGGAAGAUGUUCUUAAAUAACCACAUUACAUAUUUCUGAUUAUUAUUAUUUGUUAUUCAAUUGAAUUGUGGUCGUUAUUCCAUUAGAAAUAUUCCAUUAGAACAGGAGGAAAAUGAAUAAACUACUCGCAUUUAACGCAAGUCUUUCAUUUAACCACCACCAUGAGAAUCAUCUGCAUCAUCUUAUGCAUCGCUUCAUUAUCUCCAAUCACCUCGUCAUCAUCGCCUUAUUAUUCGAGGUCUCAUCAUCACCACAAUUCGGAAAGUUACAGUUAUUUGUGCUUGGUGCUCGGCCUGUGCUCGGGCUCAUCAAACUCCCAUUACUCAGGCGAUAAACUAACCACAGUCUACCAAUGGAAGUACCUGAACUACGCCUACGAUUCGGCCCAGCAGAUGCAAACGGACUACCGCACGGGCAACCUGGUGCCCAGGAAACCCGCCCCCAUCGAUGUGGACGUCUACUACGACAGGCGGUUCGGUCACCAGAAGGUGUUCGUGACGAGCCCCAGGUUCCAGGCCGGCGUGCCCGCCGCCUUGGGGAUGGUGGUGUUGGAUCGAAACGGCGAGCCCUACGUGAAGCCCUACCCUUCGUGGGGUUGGCACGAGAAUCCGGCGAGAUGUAACAGGGAUAGGAUCGUUUCCGUCUAUAGAAUCGAGAUCGACGAAUGCGAUAGACUGUGGGUGCUCGAUAACGGCCAACUCGAUGAGAACGUGAUUUGUCCACCGCAAUUGCUAGUCUUCGAUUUGAGAAAUGACCGAUUGAUCCACAGAUACGAAAUUCCCCGGGACCAAUACCAAAUCGAUUCCACCUUCGUCACGCCGAUCGUAGAAGUGAAAAGUCGAGCGAAUAGUUGCAGAAACACGUUCGUUUACGCGGCCGAUUGCGUGGCCAACUCGAUAUUGGUCUACGACAUGUCGAAGGAGAAGUCCUGGGUGUUCAAGCACUCUUCGAUGUACCCGGAUCCCGAUUGGGCCAAUUAUCACAUAGCCGGUGAAAGUUUCGAUAUAAUGGACGGUGUCCUGGGCAUGGCUCUAUCUCCUGCUCUAUCUAAAGAAGGCAGGAAAUUGUACUAUCACGCGAUGAGCAGCGAUACAGAGCAUUGGGUGUACACGAAAGAUCUUCAAAACCAAACAGCCACGGAAAACGCGCAAAUAUUCAACACUUAUACAGGACGAAGGGGCACCCAAAGCGCCGCUGAAGCGGUAGACUCCGAUGGCAUUUUAUAUUUCGGCUUGAUGAGCGAAAUAGACGUGGCAUGCUUCGAUACCAGAGGAAAAUACGGAAGAAAUUGCCCUAGUACUGACAUAGUAGCCAGGAAUAAUGAUACUUUACAGUUCAUCAGCGGCAUGAAAGUGGUAAGGAACCCGAGGGGCGUCGAGGAACUGUGGCUGUUGUCGUCGCGUUUCCAGAAAGUGGCCAACGACAACAUCAGGAACAACGAGUACAACUUCAGGAUAAUGAAAGGCAACGUGGAGGAGCUGAAGAAAGGGACCAAAUGUCAGCGCGGAGGGUACCCCGGUAAGGAGACUACCGCACGCGGAGCGGGGCCCGUCAUUUUCCCCGAUAAUAAUCGGAAACGAUAAGGAAACGGAGGCGGAGGUUUAAUAAAAUGUUUUGUUUUCAAACGGUGGUGUCAUUUCAAGAUGCGUUCGAUGAUACACUCUAUCAUUUA